CUCCACCCCCUAUCUCUUUACAGGACUGCCAGCCCGUCUAGAGUUAUUCCAGGAAUGCGUUGAACAUGGCUGCCGCGAUGAAGGCGCAGAAAACGGGACUGCUGGAACUCCGAGUGACGGUGGACCGUUGGAUCCGGGUGUUGGCCACUCUUACCGAGGACACGCUCACGGUUAACCCCGGGGAGGGCGUCGAGGAGCCCGCGAAGCCCAGCCCGAGUCUCGGCGGUGCGAUCAACGGAGACCCCCGAACCUCAGCUCGUCCGGUCCCAGAAACCAUCACCAACGUGAAGCGCACCGUGCGAGUCACCAAGCAGGACGUCGGAGGGCUCGGGAUCAGUAUCAAAGGUGGGAAGGAGAACAAGAUGCCGAUCCUCAUCUCCAAGAUUUUCAAAGGCCUGGCUGCCGACCAGACUGAGGCGCUUUAUGUUGGUGACGCCAUACUGUCCGUCAACGGUUAUGACCUACGGGAGGCCACGCACGAUGAGGCUGUGCAAGCGCUGAAAAAAACUGGCAAAGAAGUCAUCCUUGAAGUGAAGUACAUCAAGGAGAUGUCGGCGUUCUUUAAAAACUCGGGGUCCCCCGGGGGCGGCCUCCCCUGGGACUCUCCCCCCUCCACGCCUCAGAGGGGCACCGAACUCUCCCCCGCUGAGGUGAAGGAGCCCUGCAGCAUCCCGCUGAAGAUGUGCCAGGUGUCACGGAAACAGUGCCCCCCUGACACGGAGAACAGGUAUUUCGAGGUGAUUUCUUCCAGCAGAAAGAACUCUGUGUUCCUGCGGGCCAAAGACCCGGCCAUGGCUCAGUCCUGGUACAACGCCAUCCAAGCCGGCGCUGCCAGCCUUUUGCCGCGAGUGAAGGAGGAGAUGAAGAGCAUGCAGCUUGGCAUGGAGGUCAAACAUCUGGGCUGGAUUACAGAGCAGGUGACCCAGGGUCCAGAGAAACCAGUGCUGGCCAUGCUGACCGACAGAGACCUGCUCCUGUAUCCGUCCCUGCCUGAAAGCCACGAGGUCCUCGGCAGCCCCACCAAGAGUCACCCGCUCAUUGCUACCAGACUGGUUCACUCCGGCCCAGGGAAAAGCUCCCCCCUCCUGGACUCUGACCUCUCAUUUGGCCUGCGUUCGGGCACCAAGCAGGGCGUGGAGACCCAUGUGUUCAGGGUGGACUCUGCCAAGGAGCUGUCCACCUGGACUCAUCUGCUGGUGGAGGGUUGCCAUAAUGCCGCUGAGCUCAUCAAGGAGGUCACCACGGCCUGUAGUUGGAAUGGGAAGGCGUGUACCCUGGGAGUCCACAUUGAUGAGGGUUUCACACUAUUCACAGAAGAGAUAGGUGUCAAGAAAAGUAUUCUGCUCCAGCAGCCCUUCGAGCGCCUAAGAAUGUCCUCAGAUGAUGGGAUUCGCAUGAUGUUCCUCGACUUUGGAGGCCCAGAGGCCGAGAUUCAACUGGACCUCCAUUCUUGCCCCAAGACCAUAGUCUUCAUCAUCCACUCUUUCCUGUCUGCCAAGGUCAAGCGACUGGGCCUCCUGGCAUGAUAACGGUCAACCACACCGGAACAUCAGCAGAAGGAAUAUUCAGUAAACACACAGUCAGAAGACUCUGAAACACCAGAGGAUGCAGCCCAGGACAAGGUGCUGACUCACCACCUUCUUCUCAGCCCUCCUAGGCCUCUAAGAAAUGAUCGUCUCUGGUCAGGCUCCUGUUGGUCUUUCUAAGGGAAUGAAUAGAAGACUGCAACAUUGAUGAACCUUUGUUGAACUUGUAGUUCUAAGGUAAAGAGAGUUUUUCACAUUAUGGCGCAAGUCAGCAGCCACUAAAGGGAUCUGACAUCUGUCAAAUCUUUGACAGCGGGUCAUCACACUCUAUGAUGGCAAACUGUGUGAAAUGACAGCCUGCAUCUUAAUGUUUCUAAGCUUGAAGUCCCAAACCAUUUCAUGUUUUUCUGCGCCAUUGUUAAGUUUUGUUUUGUUUCAUGAGUCACAGCAGGCCUUUGUCAUGAGCAUCCUUUCAUCUUUCAAUCGUUGCUUUAUGCGCUGUGAGCAGUCAUAACAAUAAGUUAUUUCACUGAUUGAUGUUUGACACACUUUUUUUUUUUUUUUUUUUUUAUAAGGCAGCUUCAGUGGAGUGACAGAAUGACAUGACUGAUCACUACAUGAUCAAUAGUCUGAACUGAACAAUGUACACAAUACAACUAUAACCAUGUGCUUUUUUUUUGUGAAUGCUUAAGUUGCCUUUACCCUGAAUUUUCUUGAAAAAAAGGUACAUACUUCUUACUGAGGACAACUUCUAAAAUGUCAAAUCAAAUAUAAUUUUCAUUGCAGCUCAACCACUUCUUUUUUAUUCUCCUUUCUGUUUCUCUUCUUCACUGUUUUAAUUGUGCUCAUCCAUGGCCUAACAAAAAGAAAUGACUAACAGAGAAUAUUAAAAAAAGCUUUUUUUCUUUUGUGUUUUAGCUUAACCAAUAAGUUAAAUAAAAUGUGUUAUUAUCUUAACAAUAUAAAAAACCUUCUUGAAUCUGGAUGGCCAGAGUCAGACAGUAUGACUCUGCAGUUUCCUUUCAUAUGAGCCCAUGUGAAGUACACAAUAAGAGCUCUUGUGUUUUUAGAGUUCUACCGAUAAAGGUUGUUUCAUAAUCAUGUAUUGAUGGAUGACAAACGAUUAGCUGAAAGAGUGCCGGUUCAGCAAAACUUCUUAUAAGCUGUCAAGUACAAUACAAGUACAGAGUUUUAUAAUACUUUUUUUUGUCCUUUUGUUUUCAUAAUUGAAUCAUAAUAGAGGACAAACGGUCCCCAUCAGAAAGCACUGAAGGUCCAUUUUCUACACAUAUUGUCCACAUUUAAGUUUGUUGUUUUACAAUAUAAAAGAUGUUGAGUUGUUAACAUCAUAGAGUGUUUUUUGGUUUUUUUUGUCAUUUUUUGUGCCGACUGAACAUCCAACAACUUGGGGCCUUCUCUCUGUGUCCAACACUAAACAGACCUGUAUUAAUAUAUAUUUCAAAACUAAAACCUGUUUGCUUUCAAGAAUAAAUGUAUUGUAUAUUCUUAUUUAAACAAAGGUGUGCCUUGCAGGGUUGUUUGUAU